CUGGCCGCUGGGCGUGGCCACACAAUGAACGCGAGCUUGCUCUCCUCAGCAUCAGUGCUGGAGAUGACAGAGAGCCACACACAUGGGCGAGAGUGAUGGAGAGGAGCUCUGUCUGAUGGACAAACACAGUGUCGGAUGAUUGACAGCCUCGUGACCCAAUAGACAGGAUGAUCGCUACCGGCGGGCUGCUGAGGAUUUCCCGGCGCCAGGACUCGCUGCGAACCAAGAACCGCGCGGAGAACAAGAAGAAGCGGAAAGCCACGAAGAAGCGGAAGAACGACGUGGUGGUGGUGAAGGGCAAAGUGAAGCUGUGCUCCGUCUCUGGGCUGGUGGCAGCGCUGGGGGUUUUCAUCCUGAUGAUCGGCGUCACCAUGGCCGUACUGGGAUACUGGCCCAGAGAGAGAAACGAGAAAUUCAUCGGACCCGUGCGACGAAUAAAAGAGGGCAACCUCACAAGCAAUAACGAGUUAGUGAAGUCAAACGAGCUGGACGGCGCAGACACCUCGUCAGGCUUCUUCAAAAGCCUGAUUGUGAGUUAUUUAUACUCGGACAACCUCAAAGUCUUCGGACCGUUAGUGAUGGGCAUCGGGAUUUUCCUCUUCAUCUGCGCCAACGCGGUUCUCCACGAGGAUCGCGAUAAGAAAACCAAAAUCAUCAACCUGCGAGACAUUUACUCCACAGUCAUCGAUAUUCACAGUAUGCGCUCCAAAGACUGCGUCCCGUUCAACGGCCUCAUCAGCUACAUGCAGUUGAAGAGCGACAAACCCACGUCUCCACGAAACUACAGACAGCCAUCGUGUGCGAGAAAACACAGCUUGUUUGCGAAGCGCCAGUCGUUCGCCGACACGAUCUACAGCAUCCAGCAAGGAGCCGAGGGUCCGCGCGAGUGGGAGACGCGCUCCAUCGUCACCUCCUCGCUCAAUGCCUUCACGCUCCCCGUCAUCAAACUCAACAACUGCGACAUGCAGGAGAACGAACCUCCGCGGCGUAAGAGUUGUGGCGCGGCCGUGGAGACCAAAGCAGAGGUCUCAAGGACGCGGAUGUCACUUUCACAGGAUUCAAAGCUCAACAUGGCGCAGCUGCAGGUCGCGGGGUCGCACCUGUCUCUGAACGCGCUGAAGGAGGAUCCGGGCGCCAGGUGUUUGGACGAGAGCUCGCGCAGGUUCAGCUGUCCCAGACUGGAGAGAUCGGGCAGUAAGGGCUACAUUAAACUGGCCGAUCUGGGAGGAGAUUCGUUCGAGACGCCCGACGCGGGGCGAGAGGAGAAAACUCAGACACGUUUGCAAAAACUCACUGCGUCAUUGUCACAUUUGUAAAAGAUGAUUGCGAUAAACUCAACCCCCAAAAACACUUUUAACCCUGUUAAGCCUGACUUAAUAAAGCAAUAAGCCCCAAGAAGCCGUGGUUUACAGUGAAUUUAUAACAGCUGAGGGGCGUUGUUAGGUACGAUGUAAUAGCAGCUUUUAUAAAUUCACUGUA